CUUCUCCCGUGGCGCAUGCGCCAUCGCCGAACAAGCACCGUCAAGAGGGAACACGUUACACAGAGGACAGAGGGGGAUAUUCAUCCGGUGCCGGAGGAUGAGACGAGAGGAUCCAAGGCAUGCGCAUGGGCAUCGCACCUCCAAGCCACCGCCGUCACCAGCAACCCAGACCCCAUCACCACAAGUUCCUCCAGUCCGUCUGCAAGCUCGUCUCCGUUCCGGAUCCACAGCCAUCUCUGCUCGGUGGAAGUACCGUAACUUAGUCCGUCGUCCAAGUCCGUACCGUACGGAUGGAUGCGCCCACCAAAAUAUCCAUCUUCGAUAUGGAAUCAUGGAUAAUCCGAUUCCAUUGCACCGUUUCACGUGGCCCCAAAACGAUGCGGAAGAGAACUCACUCACUCCCCCUUGCGUUUGCCCGUCCCCCACAAAGCUGAACUUUGAUGAGUUCACGUUACACUCGGAGUUGGUAGCACGACUUCUUGAUCAAGACUCAACGCCCGCAACGUGCCAGCCAGCCCCUUCCAUGCUCCUCAUUCAUCUUCGUCAAAUGGCUUCGGCUACGCUCAGGGGCUUCGGCCGAUGGCACGGACUAUCCACACCAAACAUGAAUGAAGCCAAGAGCCGACGUGGAGCGGGAAGCCCACCGACUAACUGAGUUGUUUCCCCAUACGCCUUCUCUUCCUCGAUUCCGCACUCUCCACCGUCUAGCUCCGCACUCUGCCCCAUCCAAGAACAAACCUCACGCCCCGAACUGACGAGAUGCGGCCG